CCUCCCUGUGGGCGGGGCGAAAGGGCAAGAUGGCGGCGCCCAUCGCGCAGGAGCUGGAGCGGCUGCUGAACCCGCGGCCGGGCGCGCUGGGGGACCCGGAGGACGACCCCGAGGACGCCACUGCAGCCAGAGUUGUUGACAAGUUUGAUGAAGAAGGCCCUGAAGACGAUUUUCCUGCCGUUGGUCUCAUAAGGAAAGGGGUCUCUUCCACCCUCUUGGAUGCUGAUGAACGAUACCGUGGGAAGGCUACGUCUCGCAGAGCCUUGGAAGACCAGCUGUGGGGAGAACCGCAGCCCGCAGAUGAGCAAACUUCGGGGGAAGAGGAAACCGAUGGAAGUGACCUUGGCAGUGGAUCCCCAGAAGAGGAGCUGGAUGAUGAAGACUCAGACAUGGAGGAGGAAGAGGAGGAGGAGUCAGCGAUGCGCAGUGUUGGCGGUGGUGAGGAGGAAGAGAGCGAUCCGCCAGCCACCCUGAAGAAAGCAGCAUUCUCUUUCCAAGCGAUUGAUGAUUUUGAGAAAUUUGCUGAGGCGAUGGAUGAAAUCGAGAGUGGGGAUGAGGAAGAGGAGGGCAGCGUGGAAGGUGACAGCGAUGAAGCCAUUUCUGAAGCUGAGGAUGAAGCAGCGGCUGUGGAAGAGAGCCAGGAGGGUGGAACACUUUUGACGUUCUCUGAAGACAAAGUGGCCGAAGAAGUAGAGAAGGGGAGAGCCGUGAAAAACCAAAUAGCACUGUGGGACCAGCUCUUGGAAGCGAGAAUCAAGCUGCAGAAGGCCCUCGUGACGGCUAACCAGCUCCCACAGCCAGAUUCCUUCCCCGAGUUUAGAAAGAGAGGGGGGCCAGAGUUUGCCACUGCCCUCAAAGACAAUCACAGAGCCCUGAAGGCCUUGCUGAGAUCGCUGGUGGAUCUUCAGGAUGAGCUGCUCUACCAGUAUUCAGGCACGCGGCAUCUGGUGGUCGGUGGGCAAUCUGUGGAAGCAGAGAGUGCUGAAGAGAUCCCAAGCGGGAGUGAUGAAGGCGAAGGUGCAAAGCGGAAGAGGUUGCCGAAAGGGCUGCUGAAGCGGAAGCUUGCGAUGAACGAAUACCCGGAGUUCGCAGCCAAGCGAUUUGCCGACUUCCGGGCCUAUCGGAACAGCACCUUGCAGAAGUGGCACGACAAGACCAAGCUGGCUUUUGGCAAGCUGGGAAAGGGUUUCGGUGCCUUUGAGCAUUCAAUCUUGACUCAGAUUGAGCAUAUUCUGAUGGACAAAGAGAGAUUACUUCGGCGGACGCAGACCAAGCGCUCAGUCUACAGGGUGCUGGGGAAGCCAUCGCGGGAACCUGAGCUGCUUCCGGAAGCUUUGCCGGGACACACGGAGACCCUUCCACUGGCUGCAGCCAAUGCCCAUCUCAAAGACCUGGAUGAAGAGAUCUUUGACGACGAUGACUUUUACCAUCAGCUCCUCCGUGAACUUAUUGAGCGUAAAACCAGCUCCUUGGACCCAAAUGAUCAAGUAGCGAUGGGCAGGCAGUGGCUGGCUAUCCAGAAACUGCGGAGCAAAAUCCGAAAGAAGGUGGACCGAAAGGCCAGCAAGGGAAGGAAGAUUCGGUAUCACGUCCACAGCAAGCUGGUGAGCUUCAUGGCGCCCAUUGACCACUGCACAAUGAAUGACGAUGCCAGAACUGAGCUUUAUCGGUCACUGUUUGGCAAAAGAGCUCACCUUGAAUGAGGUGGCCAACCUUAGGAACCAUCAGAGCAGAGCUGUUGGCCACAUUCGACCGACUUCCACCACACAGCAACACCCCCGGCCUUCCUCUCCACCGGACAGAGCUGCCAUUGUUCCUUUGGGAGAUUCUCUUCUGUGGCCAUUGGUUUGGCCCAGUGGAGAGAUGGGCAGGAUGCGAAGGCACCUUCCACUCACCUGUCUUCGCCCACCUUCUGCAUUCUGCCCAGCUUCGCUGCCCUUUCACCCAGUAGGUGCUUCUGAGACUUGGAUGGAUUGGCAUUCAGAAAGGCAUCAGGCAGCCACCCUGCUGAAACAUGUCAAGUCGGUACGGAGCAUGAAACAGGACCUGAGAGGCAGAUACGGGACCCGAAAGGCUGGGAAAGCAAACCUCUUCUGGGGUCUCGGAGGAGCCGUCGAUAGGCCUCGACCUAAUAAAAGUUGAAUGAGGCAACCUCCUUACACGCAAAGACAACUCAUUGGAAAGCCCCAAAAGAGUUUUGCAUCACCUUGUGGAAAAUGGAAUGCCUCCAAAUUGGCCUGCGACUCAUCAGAAAUUGGGCCCACGUGUCUUACUGGAGAAAGAACUUCCACUCUUUAAUGGAUGUUGCUGCUGAUGGCUCAUCUCCUGAAUGGGGCUUCAAACCCCUGACUUGCGGGAGGUGCAGGAGGAUGAGUUUUCCCCCAUAUACAUUUUGGAAACUGCAGUAAGGGAAUUAUUAACCUCAAAAGUGGCCCUCCCUAUAGACACUCUGCGCUUCCACAGGUUCUAUUUAUUAGUCUUCUGAUCACUAGUUCCCAACAGGACCGACCCAUGAAGUAUCAUUGCUCUUUAGAUGUAAUAAUAUGUAAUCCAUAAACGCUUGUGAGUUUUUCUGCAACUGUAGAUCUUGUAUGUACUUAAUUAUUGUUGCUGAAUUCAUCGAGACCUCUUUCCUCCCAGCAGAGAGACGCUGCGUGUCGAGGUGAGGCCCGGUGUAAAUCUCGCAAAGGGAAGAUGAUUCACUUGUUUUUAUUCAGAAGGUCAAAAAGCUGGGAAUUAAAUCCCCAUAAAGUGGAUUUAUUAGCUUGCUAUGAUCAAUCUCCAGUGGAGAUUAUCUUGCAUAAAUAAUAUGCGCAUAUGUAACAGAAUAGUGGCAGUGGCCGUCUUUGGAGUCGUGCCCUCCCUCCCCAAAAUUCAAUAAAAUAAGUUUACUUCAUAA